UUUAUAAAAUGGAUUUACAGAGAGUAUCUAAGAAAGUGACUACAGUCGUCAGUCCUGGUACACAAGUCAGUUCAAGAAAUGAUAUUUAUGAACAGGAAAGUGUCAAAGAAGAAGAAGAAGAAGUAAAGGAAGAAGCAGAAAGAAUGGACGCACUUAUGAGAAAUUUAUUGGGUGGACAAAGCGAAGAAGAGCAAGACGACAUGGAUCAAGACGAUAAUGCACAACAGGAACAAGAAGAAGAAUUUGCCUUUCGUCUUUUCGCCAGUCAACCCGUUGCCAAAGUGACUAUUGCAGAUGUAAAAGAUGAUACAGAUAGUUUAUCAAAAGCAAUAGCUGAAAAACAAGAAUACGAAUUUGAUGAAACAGAACCAGAGUUCUUGGCUCGUGUCAAAGAAGUUGCAAUUGAUUACACAACUAUUAUGGAACAAUCAACCAUUCCGUAUCCUACCGCUAAAUUUCCUCGCCGUGUUAUUCACAUUCCAUCUAUCAAAGAACAAGCCGAAAAAGAAGCAGCCGAAAAGAAAAAAUCUGUCAAAAAGAGAAAGAGUAAAAAAUGCCGUGAUUUUGAAAAAGCUAUCAAAGAAGGAAGAAUUAAACUUGAACCUAAUAUGAGAAAUCCCAAUACACCAGGCGGAUGGCCCGGAUGGCCUGGAGAAUUAACAAAAGUUGCCAUCGUUGAUUAUGUGUCGUCAAAGAAAAGCAAUCAUGCUUUCUCAGGGCGCAAUGGUAGUACAUUUCAAAAGACAGGCCGUGGAAGUCAUUUUGGUGGUGGAAACAGAGGAUCUUUCCGAGGCAGAGGAUUUUCCAAACCUAAUGGUAGUCGAGGUGGUGGAUUCUCGUCAAGAGGUAGUAGAGGAAAGCCUGUUUAGACAAUAUUGAUUAAAAAUAAAGCACUUGUUUGCAU